AUGCCUCUCCCAGCUCGUUACAAGAAACUUCUUUGCUACUACUGCAACAAUAGAUCAGGUCCUUUUUACAGCGGUCAUAUCAAGCAAUGGAAGUGUGUCAGUUGUGAUGCCGUAAACUACCUUGAUGAAAAUGGCGAAAUCACUGAUCCUCCUGUGGCAACAGACAGCCCUGCCCCAAUACCUGUUCGAUAUGCGACUUCACGCGCUCAACCUUCAACUGCUCCUCCAAGUAUUUUUUGCGCACGAUGUAUAAAGAAUCAACAUCUGUAUACUUCUUCUUUAGCCCAGUAUCAUGUCGAUGUCGAUAUUGAUCGCCAAGAAGUUGGGAAAGAUAGUGAUGCCUACCGGAGGUUUCGAUAUGAUUUAGAAAAACGAUACCCUCAAGUCUGCGAGGAUUGUGAGCCAGGAGCACUCCAGCGUAUGGCAGAAGCUGAAAAGACAGCCAAGGCCGAUCAUUUGAGGCGUCUCAUUGAAAAGACUAAAGAGAAUCGAUUUAACAAGUCUCAAGAGUCACUCUUCAGCCUUAACUAUGUCGGAAAAUUACUCUGGAACCUUGGACUCUACGGACAGCUUUUUUGGAAUUUCACUAUGCUCACUAUUGCUGCACGGAACUCUGGCAGUGAUGUUGUGGUUAGAUAUUCUAUCGUGAUUGAGAAAAGUCUUCAGCCCCUUACCAACUUUAUCACAUAUCGUGAAUGGGCCCGGGCAUUUCUUAUUUGUACACUACUAUCUACCUGGUGGUGUCCAAAGUCUAAUGGGCUAAGCCGAAACACAUCGAGAAAUCUUUCUAACUUCUCAAAAUGGUUCCAGCUCCAAAUUUUGGUUGUUAUCAUGCGGUGUUUUUUUUACUGGAUGAUGGGCACUCGUUUCUUUUCUGAUAUAAACUCACCAUCUACUAUUGGAGCCCAUGUUGCUAUGUCUAUUCUAACUGUUGUUACAGCUUUCAAGCUUGGUCAUGCUACAAAAAUUACUCAUGGUCCAUUAUGGAAGAAACCCACAGAAAAUAGACUCCUCUCAAACCGAGCUCAAAGCAUAGACGAAGGUUCCGAGUCAAUAGGCGACAUUUUAGAUCAUAUUGCCCGAAGUUCCUCAACACAGACUGCAUCACCUAGUGUCCAGAUACCAUUACCUUCCUUAAAAAAUAAAAUUAAUCAUAAUAACAAUGAGCGGGCAAAAUUCCAAAGGGAAUCCAAUAACUCUCAUUUUGAUCCGGUUAAAAACUCACAAUCUACCACCGGUAAUGGAUUUUCUGGCAUAAAAGCAGUUACACCGACGUCUUCAAUCGAUAGAAUUUGGGAUAUUGGGGCUAAUAAUUUUCAGACCGCAGGGAUGUCGGACCAUAUGGAAGCGAAUCGAGUGCAAGAUGAGACAGAAGAAAUGGAUUGGCAGUUAACACAACCUCAGCAUAUACAGACUUUUCAACCUCGCUCAAGAGUGAUGCCCGAAUUCUCCCAUCCAGUGUCCCUAACAACUCAGCAACCGGCAUUCUGGUACAAGCUACCCGCAGCUCCGGUCCCUCCGGCUACAAGGCUUCGUCACUCGACGAUGGUCGCAUCUCAGUCAGUUGCAGCGGAUCACACCACCUCCCAAUUCUUCUCACACCGCCACCCAGCUAGUGCCGACUCAAUGCCUUCGGAAACCACGAAUCCCCAGCGUGAAAUUCACCUGUCGCAACAAACUUUUUUCCCCCCCGAGCGCCCCAGUGAGGCCGGCACAGUUCUUGCCGACCUCCUCACCGCUUUCUCUCUCCAUGGUACCGAUGAUAAGAGCCGUGCCGCGCCAAAUCGCGCCGGCUAUCUCUCUUUGGUACAUGCCAUGACUUUAGCAGUUUCAGUUCCAGUUGUAUUCGCGGUUAUCUUUGCGAUAGCACGAGUGCUCACUACAUAUUAUACCCAGUAUUUCAACCAUUCUUCUGAGGGCAUAUUUUAA